GACCUCCCUCCCCGGGAGAGGAAAACCCAAACCAAACCCGAACCCGCUGCCGUCCAGUAGAUUCUGACUCACAGUCGACACUACAGGACAGAGCGGAACUGCCCCAUAGGGUUUUCAGGGAGCGGCCGGUGGUUUAAACUGCUGACCUUUUGGUUACCAGCCGAACUUUUUGACCACUGAGCCACCAGGGCACUGACUGGGGACUGUGGCCACCCUUUGCAUUCUCUUUCCACUCCGUGCGCGCUACUAUCCUAUGAGAUGGUUGUGCAGCCAUUCCCAUUUUUCAGAUGGGAAAACUGAAGCUUAAACCCAGUGCAAACACACAGGUACUCAGGCGCUCCCCGUCACAGUGUUUUUGCGGGGCCUCUCUGGAGCCCAGAUGGAAAAUCUGGAGAUAAGCGACCAGGAAGGGUAUCGAGCCCGUGUCUUGCGCCUGAUAUCAGGCUCCUAACUCGCGCACGGGUGUGGGGGCGCCCCCAGGAUGUGAGGCGGGGUCUGGGAGGGGUCCGCCCGGGAGCGGAGCCCCAGUCAGCGGAGAAGUAGGGGGCGAAGGGCGUGCCUCUGCGUGAAGCGGGACCCGUACACGCUCCGGACCCUGCCCGCCGGCUCCCCACCGGCGCUGAGUCCCCAGUGCUCAGCAAGGACAGGCCUCAGGGCAGCGCCGAGGGUAGGGAUGCUUCAGGCCAAAGCCGGGACCCUAGCCCUCGGCAUCGCGGUGUCUUGCGGGGGACUGCUUCGCCCUUUGACCCUGGAGAUACUGAUUAACCGGGCGGCCAAUAGGCGGCUGGGUGGCGCAGCGCUCCUCCGUCGGCCUGGGAGGACACUGCUCUGAGAAGACCGGGGUUCCCGGGGAGGCCAUGGAGCGUCCGGUGAGAGUGAAGACUUGGGUGGAAGAGAACCGGGCGUCCUUCCUGCCCCCAGUCUGCAACAAGCUCCUGCACCAGGAGCAGCUCAAAAUCAUGUUUGUCGGGGGCCCCAACACGAGGAAGGACUACCACAUUGAGGAGGGUGAGGAGGUGUUUUACCAGCUGGAAGGCGACAUGGUUCUCAAAGUCCUGGAGCAAGGGAAACACCGAGACGUGGUCAUUCGGCAGGGAGAGAUAUUCCUUCUCCCUGCGGGGGUCCCCCACUCACCACAGAGGUUUGCCAACACCAUGGGGCUGGUGAUUGAGCGGAGGCGGCUGCAAACCGAGCUAGAUGGGCUCAGGUACUAUGUGGGAGACACCGUGGAUGUCCUGUUUGAGAAGUGGUUCUACUGCAAGGACCUUGGCACGCAGUUGGCUCCCAUCAUCCAGCAGUUCUUCAGUUCUGAGCAGUACAGAACGGGAAAGCCCAUCCCUGACCAGCUGCUCAAGGAGCCACCGUUCCCCCUGAGCACACGGACCGUUAUGGAGCCCAUGUCCCUGGAGGCUUGGCUGGAUGGCCACCGCGGGGAGCUGCAGACUGGCACGCCCCUCAGCCUAUUCGGGGACACGUAUGAGACCCAGGUGGUCGCCCACGGACAAGGAAGCAGCAAAGGCCUGCGACAGGAUGUGGAUGUGUGGCUGUGGCAGCUGGAGGGCUCCUCGGUGGUGACCACGGGAGAACAAUGCUUAAGCUUGACCCCCGAUGACAGCCUCCUGGUGCUGGCUGGGAUGUCGUACACGUGGGAGCGUGCACAAGGUUCUGUGGCCCUGUCCGUGACCCAGGACCCUGCGCGCAAGAAGCCCCUGGGGUAGCCCCCUUGCUGGGAGCCUGAAGCAGCCCUGGGCUGCAUGAGUGCCACCCCCACGUGACUGGUGUGCG